AAGUCCUCCGUGGGUGCAGGAAUCUUUUUCUUUUCCACGACAGGUGUCGCGGCCUCUCCGGCCACCAUGACGCGCGUCGCUCCUCUUCUCGCCCUCGUGUUGUUGGCGUCGCUCCUCGGCUGGACGGCUGCAGGAACCUCGGUCCUCUGCAGCCGGACGACGCGGUUGCCAAACGGAGAAGUGCACCACAAUUUCCUCCGGCGUGACCCCGAGCAGGCCUCUCCAUCCCCGCGGCUCUACCACGGCGCGUGGUCCCGGGAGCGCGCUCUGCUCAGCUGCGCUUGGAGCGACGACGCGGCGGUGGUCCACAACUAUGUAUCCGCGUGCCGGGAGCGCGCGCACGAGUUCUCCGAUCAUCCGGAUGAAACUAUCGACGUGGAGUCCAUGUUGGCGGCGGAGGAUGAGCUGUGCGUCUGCGUGGCUUCCCCUGGAGGUCAAGCCGGAAGGUCAGAGGUCGGGACCCAUCAGCGCGUAAAGCGAGGUUUCAUUGUGCCGGGCACUCUGUGGUGCGGCUCCGGCAACAAGGCGCCGUCAUAUGCAGAUUUGGGAGUUUUUGCAGACACCGACAGCUGCUGCCGGGAACACGACCAGUGCAAACACACCAUCCUGUCCUUUCACUCCCAGUUCGGGGUCUUCAACAGCAACAUCUUCACCAUGUCUCACUGCGACUGCGACAGCAAGUUUCACCGUUGUCUGGCGGAGGCCGACGACAGGAUCUCCGAGGUGGUGGGAUACACGUUCUUUAACCUGCUGAAGAUGCACUGCUUCGAGUUCUCCCACCGGCUCCAGUGCAAAGAAAGAAACUGGUUUGGCAUGUGUAAAGAGUAUCAAAUGGCUCUCUACGCUGUGGUGCACCCGCCCUCGAUGUACGACUCUCCCAAUGCAACGGAGGUCAGCGGGAACACUACCGCACCCACAGAAGUGGUGUGGACGUCCAACUCCACCGCUGCUGCAGCAUCCACCCUCCCUCCACCUUCCAGGAGCUCCCACUCGGCCUCCGGCGCCAACGCUAGCACCGUUAGCAACGCUAGCACCGUUAGCAACGUUAGCGCCUCUCCAUCGGAGGGACUCGCAGGAUCGUCACCCGGGAGGGAAGACGAAGUGGGGAACACGUUACCUGCCGGAGGUCAAGCUCUGGCCGAGCUGGACAUCGCAGAGAAGCGGCGCUCCGAAUGCGGCGUCUACAAAGACCUCGACGGCUGCAGGAACAAGAUCCUUCCCCAGCAGAAGAAGUACGGCCUCCACAACCCCGAGGCCAGGACGCUGUACCACUGCAACUGCACCAGCAGGUUGUUCCAGACUUUGUCCAAACAGGGACGGCUGACCGAAGUGCAGACGCUUCUGCUGGGUCGAGUUUCUCGAUCCUGCUUCCUGCCGCGAGACUGCACAGCGGACAGAAUCUGUACGAGCGGUUCCUGGUGAGGAGCAGAGCUUCCUCAGAGGACCAGAGGGAGCGGAGACGACGCAGAGCAGCAGCGCCAAUCUAACAGGCCCGCCGAGCAGAAGGCCGGAGGGCGAAGAGGAAGAGGCGGAGCGUCCGGCUCCGACCGACUGUGGCUCCGGGUGGUUCCGGACCCAAGGCCAGCAAGACACCGACCCAAGGCCAGCAGGACCCCCAAGGCCACCACCGGAACCCAAGGGCCAACAGACCCGGACCCAAGGCCACAGACCCGGACCCAAGGCCACCAGACCCGGACCCAAGCCACCAGACCCGGACCCAAGGCCACCAGACCCAGGACGCGCGGUCAGGAUGCUCGUCUGAAUGUCACGGAGGGUCAAAGUGAUCAAUAUUACUGAGAGGAAUUAGAUGUUAGGUCAUUUUCAUUUAAUACAGCUCUCAUAUUUUACCCAGAUUGACCAUUUAAAAUGUAGUCAGAUGUAUUUAUUCAUGGAGGAACAAACCACACAACUAAACAAAGAAAACUGUUAACUUGAGAACUGUUAUUUUCCAACGAGAUGUUAAAAAAUCUAAAACUAAAAACUAGAAAACUGGAAGUUUAUAAAUAUGAAAUUACCUGAAACAAAUGAACUAUUUAUGUAAUAUUGAACACAGCAGAUUUUGAUCAUCCACUAACGUUUCCUCCUUGUGUCUCCAUGACGAUUGGCAUUUAUUAUGAGUGAAUAUCUGAUAAUCUAAUUUUGAUAUCGAUAUUCGUGGUCCCAAGAGGAUGAACCCUGCAGAUUCUUUCACAGAUGUCAAAAUCUCUGCCGUGAAAAGGGUGAGUUUGAUAUCGGUGUUCAAAGCCCUGUUUGUGAAUAUUUGUAAUGAGUUGUACGAGCUGUAGAUAAAUGCAAAUGUAUGUUAUUAGCAAAGCUAAAGAAAGAGAAACAGUUGUGUAAAUAUCUGUACAUAAGACGCUUGGAGAAAUAUUUGGUUUAUGACGCGUGAAGAAACUAUACGACUUAAAGUAAUAGUUAAGCAUUAUGAAUGAUGUCUGCACUGUAAUAUGAAGCAUGCCAGUUAGCCUAGCUUAGCAUAACGACUUGGAGGAGGGGGAAACUAUCCUGGCUUGUAAAACAGCAAAUUGUUGUUUUUACGCUUUGGUUUUUGUGUGAUGUCGGUCCUGUAAAUAUGAAGCUAGCUGAUUCGGCCUAGCUUAGCAUAAAAGACUAAGCGGGUAAAAAAAUUGACUAACAUUGCUUUGUUUAAAUCCGUACAAAACAAAUGUGUAAAACAAAAAUGUCUAAGCUAAUUUAUUGUAAUAUUAGGACAAAACUAGGCGAGUUGUUUUUGGUCUUUUAUGCUAAGCUAAGCUACGCCUGUUGCUUCACAAGUCGCUGAUGAACACGAACGGGAUCAACCGUUCCAUGAAAUAAAUUAUACGUAUUAAAAAUUGAAAUGCAAAUGUU